GUGAUCACAAGUCUCUCUCGAGAGGUCUCCGAUCCCCCCACCAUCAGGCCUCCAGUGAGCCGCAAUCUGAGCCGCGAUCCGAACCACAGCAUGUUCGGACAACGGAGGAUCGCGAGGGCCCUCUUGCCCCGUUCGUGCAGCCGAUCCAGCAUCGCGCUGCUCGUUCAACGAAGCGGGCCAGCUUCUGCUUCGGCAACGCCGUUCUGGCGAGCAGCGUACUCAUCAGAUGCGGCCACCUCGAGUGCCGGUGUGACCACAAAUCCCAAGACCGUCGAGAUUAACGGCAAGAAAUAUACUACCGACUCCUGGUUCAAUGUCUCCUCUACCACCCUCUCCCUGACGUCGCGAAAGCUGCACCUGCAAAAGGACCACCCCGUGGCAAUCACGCGAAAGAUCAUCGAGUCGGUAUUUCCGGGGCCGACCUACAGGUACUACAAUGACUUUGAUCCGGUGGUGUCGACGUACGAGAACUUUGACUCGCUCGGCUUCCCUCCGGAUCACCCGGGCCGCGCCCGCACCGACACCUACUACAUCAACAAGGACACCCUCCUACGAACGCACACGAGCGCGCACGAGGCCGAGCUCUUCCGGACGACCGCGAGCGGCGGGUACCUGAUCAGCGCCGACGUUUACCGCCGCGACGAGGUCGACCGCAGCCACUACCCCGUCUUCCACCAGAUGGAGGGAGCCCGCGUCUGGGACAGGAACAAGGUGCCCAACGGGGACCUCGCCGCCGCCGUCCUGGCCGACCUCGAGCGGCUGCCCAAGCACGACAUGACGGUCGAGGACCCCAACCCGCCCUUCCACCCGGAGCGUAACCCCUUGCAGGCGGAGUACCACACCGAGGCCGAGGCCGCCGCCGUCGCGGCCCACCUGAAGCGCUCCCUCGAGCUCAUGGUGAACGAGAUCUUCUCGCGCGCCAGAGCCGCUGCCGCCGCCGCAGCAGCAGCAGAGGCAGCAGCAGGUAGGGGGGCCAAGAAGGGCAAGCCGGCGACCCCGCCGAGCGAUGGUUCCGGUUCCGCGGAUGAGCCGCUCCGCGUCCGCUGGGUGGAGGCCUACUUCCCCUUCACCUCGCCGUCGUGGGAGCUCGAGGUGUUCUACCAGGGCGACUGGCUCGAGGUGCUGGGGUGCGGCGUGAGCAAGCAGGAGCUGCACGUGCAGGCGGGGCGGCCGUCGCAGAUGGGGUGGGCGUUCGGCAUCGGGCUGGAGCGCAUCGCGAUGCUGCUCUUCAAGAUCCCGGACAUCCGGCUGUUCUGGUCGCGCGACGAGCGGUUCCUGUCGCAGUUCCGCGGCGUCGAGGACGACCUGACCCGGAUCCGCCCCUUCGUGCCCUUCAGCAAGCACCCGGCCUGCUACAAGGACGUCUCCUUCUGGCUCAAGGGCGCCUCGGCCGCGGGCGGCAACCUGGGCGGCGCCGUGGACUGGCACGAGAACGACCUGAUGGAGGUCGUCCGGGACGCCGCGGGCGACUGCGUCGAGGACGUGAGGCUCGUGGACGAGUUUACGCACCCCAAGACGGGGCGGAGGAGCUUGUGCUACCGGAUCAACUACCGCAGCCUGGAGAAGACGCUGACCAACCAGGAGACGAACGAGAUGCACAAUAGGGUGGUGAAGGGGUUGGUGGAGAGGCUAGGGGUCGAGAUCAGGUAGUCCGGCGAAAAGUGCGGGUGUCACGGCUUGGCUCAGAGUGUCACGGAUCCUUAGUCGGUCUAGCUUUGCCCCGUCCUUCUUCUCACCACCCAUACCCGCUUCGACCGCUUCUCAAAUCCGUGA